AUGGAGGACCAGAAGGUGAAGCAGCUCUCGCUGGAGGUGCCGGGGCAGGUGGUCCGGGCGGCCUUGUCCCGUGACCUGAUCGCCACGGCCUGUGAGGCGACGUUGUCGCUGUCUCGACGCACGUCUUCGACCUCGCUGGAGCUGUGCGCCACGAUGGCCGCCCAGGAGGUCCAAAAGCUGUCCUUCUCCACCGACCAGCUGUUCGCCCUCUUCCCAACGGAGCUGGUGGUCCUCGACGAGACCCUCACUGCCUUGAAGCGCUUUCGCUUCCCUCAAAACGCGCUGGCGGACGUGGACGCAGGCGAGGGCGCGCUGGCGCUGGCGCUGGACAACCGCAUGGCCUGGCUGUCCCUGCGCAGCGGGCAUCUGGAGCUGUGCAGCUUGCAGGAGCCCAUGGCCGAGUUGCAGAUCUCCGGGUUCUGCGCGCUGGCGCAGCUGAAGCAGAGGUGCUGGCUGGUGUCCCUGGAGCCCCAGGAGCCGCCGCUGACGAAGGCCAUGGCUUGGACGCUGCGCCAGAGCCCGGGGGCCCGGUGGCUGGGGCUCCGGAACGAUGAUUACACCUUCAUUGCGAUUUUGAAAGGCUACGCCAAAUUUGGAACCGUGAGGGUCUCCGCAUUCACAGAGCUCUUGACUGUGGCUAAUGCUAUUUGA